ACCCACCUCCACCAAGAUGAAGACUUUCGCCGCCGCUGUCUGCGCCCUCCUAGUCUGCAGCGCUUACGCUGAAAAGGACGAGAAGGUCGAAGCGCGCGGAGGCCUCUUGGGUGCUGGUCUCGGAGGCUAUGGUGUUGGAGGACCCGGUCUUGUCGGUCCUGGUCUCGGAGGCGUCGGACUUGGACAUGGUGGAGGAUAGUCUGGAUAUGGCAAUGCGGCCGGUGGCCACCAGUCUGGCUUCCGGGGUGGAGCUUCCGGACACAACCAGGGCUCAGGGGCUUUCGCUGGUGGUUCCUCCAACAGGAACGUGAACGCUUACAAUGACAAGAAGGGCUACAGCCACAGCUCAGGCUUCUCAUCGUCUGACAGCAACGCAUUCGGCGCUGGAAACAAGCAGGGAUCAUCUGGCUUCCAAGGUGGUGCUGCCGGACACCAGGGAGGCUUUGGACAGCAGUCAUUCGGACACCAAGCCGGAACUGGCUACGGUGGCGGAUACCUUGGCUAGAUGUGACUGUUAUGCUGAAGAGUGUAUGCUCUACGUGGAGAAAAACGCCAAUUGCCGAUAUUUCACAACGGGGACCUCAAAGGUGAAAAUAAACAGUGACGUUGGUAAAGUUGAGAAGAAACUUGUGUCUUUCUCUAUUCACAUGUCUCCAGCAAAACUGCAUAAUUUGCCUAUCGCGCAAUCAACAACGUGGGAUGAAACAGUCGAUGAAGCUUAUGAUUAUGGUUCUGAAUAAUAAAGGAAUUUCAUAGCCGCCCAGUCAGCCACCAUGCUGC